AAGGGGCGGGACGUGUGUGGAACACACUAGAAAUAGUUGUUCAGUGGUGAUUCAAGUCUCGCCCAGCCCCACGUGAUUUGCGCUAGCCAAUCAGAUUCCCGCUGAUAGUGGCCCACUGCGGACCGAGCUGGAAGUUGGUAUCUACCCCGGGAGCGAGUGACGGGAGAGCGGAGAGAUGACCCGUGAGUGCGGGGCCGGGCGGGGGGCAGUGUAGUUGGUUCUCGGUGGCAGGUGAGGUGUGGGGGAGCCGGCUGGGGGUCGGGGAGCGCAGAAUGUACUGCCACGUCAACCGGGCCUGGGCUCCCCGGGAGCGGCCGGAGACACUGCCCACACUGGGCUCCCCGGGCGGAGACACUGCCCUCACUGGGCUCCCCGGGCGGAGACACUGGGCUCCCCGGGCGGAGACACUGCCCACACUGGGCUCCCCGGGAGCGGCCGGAGACACUGGGCUCCCCGGGCGGAGACACUGCCCUCACUGGGGACCGGGAAUGGGAGUUAAAGUGACUGCAUGACCGACCUAACGGCACCUACCGCCAGCCUGGCACUGAGACACCGGCUACCAACACCAUGUCCUCCACCUCCUCCAUCCCAGGGACAGCAAUGGGGGCAGUGUAUCCCCAGCACAUAGUGAGAUCUGUAUAACUUAUUCACCCCCCCACCAAGAUAGAGGAAAUAUACACCCCCCCCCCCACCAAGAUAGAGGACAUAUAUAGAGGAAAUAUACACCCCCACCAAGAUAGAGGAAAUAUACACCCCCACCAAGAUAGAGGAAAUAUACACCCCCACCAAGAUAGAGGAAAUAUACACCCACCCCCACCAAGAUAGAGGAAAUAUACACCCACCCCCACCAAGAUAGAGGAAAUAUACACCCCCACCAAGAUAGAGGAAAUAUACACCCCCACCAAGAUAGAGGAAAUAUACACCCCCACCAAGAUAGAGAGAACAUACACCCCCACCAAGAUAGGAGGAAAUAUACACCCCCACCAAGAUAGAGGGAAAUAUACACCCCCACCACCAAGAUAGAGGAAAUAUACACCCCCACCACCAAGAUAGAGGAAAUAUACACCCCCACCACCAAGAUAGAGGAAAUAUACACCCCCACCACCAAGAUAGAGGAAAUAUACACCCCCACCACCAAGAUAGAGGAAAUAUACACCCCCACCAAGAUAGAGUGAAAUAUACACCCCCACCAAGAUAGAGGAAAUAUACACACCAAGAUAGAGGAAAUAUACACCCCCACCACCACCACCACCACCAAGAUAGAGGAAAUAUACCCCCACCAAGAUAGAGGAAAUAUACACCCCCACCAAGAUAGGAGGAAAUAUACAACCCCCACACCAAGAUAGAGGAAAUAUACAACCCCCACCACCACCACCAAGAUAGAGGAAAUAUACACACCCCCACCACCCACCACCAAGAUAGAGGAAAUAUACACCCCCACCAAGAUAGGAGGGAUAUACCCCCCACCACCACCAAGAUAGAGGAAAUAUACCCCCACCAAGAUAGAGGAAAUAUACAACCCCCCAACAAGAUAGAGGAAAUACAACCCCCACACCAAGAUAGAGGAAAUAUACACACCCCCACCACCACCACCAAGAUAGAGGAAAUAUACACACCCCACCACCACCACCAAGAUAGAGGAAAUAUACACACCCCCACCACCACCACCAAGAUAGAAAAUAUACACACCCCCCACCACCACCACCAAGAUAGAGGGAAAUAUACACCCCCACCACCACCACCAAAGAUAGAGGAAAUAUACACCCCCACCAAGAUAGAGGAAAUAUACACCCCCACCAAGAUAGGAGGAAAUACACCCCCACCAAGAUAGAGGAAAUAUACACCCCCACCAAGAUAGAGGAAAUAUACAUAGAUAGAGGAAAUAUACACCCCCACCAAGAUAGAGGAAAUAUACACCCCCACCACCACCACCACCAAGAUAGAGGAAAUAUACACCCCACCACCACCACCAAGAUAGAGGAAAUAUACCCCCACCACCAAGAUAGAGGAAAUAUACCCCCACCAAGAUAGAGUGAAAUAUACCCCCACCCCCCCACCAAGAUAGAGGAAAUAUACAACCCCCACACCAAGAUAGAGGAAAUAUACAACCCCCACCACCACCACCAAGAUAGAGGAAAUAUACACACCCCCACCACCACCACCAAGAUAGAGAGGAAAUAUACACACCCCCACCACCACCACCAAGAUAGAGGAAAUAUACACACCCCCCACCACCACCACCAAGAUAGAGGAAAUAUACACACCCCCACCCACCACCACCAAGAUAUAGAGGAAAUAUACACACCCCCACCACCACCCACCAAGAUAGAGGAAAUAUACACACCCCCACCACCACCACCAAGAUAGAGGAAAUAUACACACACCCCCACCACCACCACCAAGAUAGAGGAAAUAUACACACCCCCACCACCACCACCAAGAUAGAGGAAAUAUACACCCCCCCCCACCAAGAUAGAGGACAUAUACUCUGCAAAAUGCUCAACAAUUCAAUCUAAGUUUGUAAUACGUUUUAAAACCUUACAUACUCUUCUAAGUUUCUUUUUUUUAAAUUUUUUUAUCUGUUUUAAAAUAUUUGCUUUCUAAUUUAAAAAAAAAGUGUCAAUUAAUUUGUGUCCCUUUUUAAUGGGAAAACUCUAAGCCCAUUAACCUCUACCACAAACUUUCAUGGUGUAAAUUGUCAAACAUCUUAGUGCUGUUUAGGCAACUUACUUGAACCCUUUCGAGCAGCUGUGUGUUCUGCUUCUGGGAUUUGUGCAUUGGCCAUGUUAAACUUUGUGGUGGCAAUUGCCUUCUACAGGAGAACACUAACAACUUACCUGGGGUCCUGAAUGCCUGUGCCACCUCAAAGUGUACAAAAUGGUGUAAUUGCCUUUUUUUCUGAAAAGACAGUGUUUACAUUGAAAGGUCUGCAGCUAUAAGCAACAGACACCGGAACUACAUUAAGCUGUAGUGGUUCUGAUGUCUGUAGUGUCCCUUAAGAAUUUACUUAAAGGACCACUCUAGGCACCCAGACCACUUCAGCUUAAUGAAGUGGUCUGGGUGCCAGGUCCAGCUAGGGUUAACCCAUUUUUUCAUAAACAUAGCAGUUUCAGAGAAACUGCUAUGUUUAUGAAUGGGUUAAGCCUUCCCCUAUUUCCUCUAGUGGCUGUCUCAUUGACAGCCACUAGAGGCGCUUGCGUGCUUCUCACUGUGAUUUUCACAGUGAGAGCACUCCAGCGUCCAUAGGAAAGCAUUAUGAAUGCUUUCCUAUGUGACCGGCUGAAUGCGUGCGCAGCUCUUGAUUUAACCCCUUUCCAGAGCCGGGCGUGAGGGGGACCCUGAGGGUGGGGGCACCCUCAGGGCACUAUAGUGCCAGGAAAACGAGUGUUUUCCUGGCACUAUAGUGGUCCUUUAAGUGAUUUUGGGGCAUAGAUGCUGAAUCGCAUUAUUUACAUUUUGUAUUUUCCACCAUACUUUCUGACAGAAAUAGAUUCAAUUAUUUAAUCUGUCUGAAGUAAGCACAAUUUUUGCCAUGUUUCCAGUAUUUCUUUAUGAAGUAGUCUGUCUGCCUACAGAGUCCCUUUUAAGCAACAAAUCACAUUUAGAUUUUUUUUUUUUUGUACCUUUUUAGAGAUCGACUGAUUUUAUUGUGUUUGUUUUUUUGUUUUUUUUUAAGCCGAUGUCGAUAAUCUGUGAACUUUGUAGCUGAUAAGUUACUGAUAUUCUGUACAUUUAAAAAAAUAAACUAUUUCUACAAAAAUCUACUGUAUUUUUUUGCAAAUCUUUCUUAUUAAGGUAAAUGCACAAAAUAUGCAUGCCAGUCAGAAUUUUUUGUUUUCAGGAAUUUGUGUGUGUGCGUGCGCAUGCCGUGACUAUUUGAUUAGUGAAUGCAGAGUGUUUGUGUAGUGUGUAUGUAAUAAAUGGACAGUGUGUGUUUGUGUGUCUGUAGUGUGUAAAAUGAAUGCAGUUUGUGUAGGUAUGUAAUGUGUGUAAAAUAACUUUAAUUUUUUUUAAAGUCCCCCCUAUGGCAUUCCCUUGGGGGCCCAGCACACUCUUACUUACCUUCCCUUCAGCUCCCCUGUCUAACUCUCGCGGACUGCGUGCUGCGGAGCGAUGCCAUGGUAACUCGUGGCAGCGCUCUGACGGCCGCGGGACUCACGACAGUUAAACGGAUGCUGUUGGGAAGGUAAGUAAGAGCGUGCUGGGCCCCCCAGGACCCUGAUGGCAGCCCUGGUCUGCAUUGUCUGCAAUAUCAGUAUUUUUAUUGGCCAAUACCGAUAUUGCUAAAAAUACAGAAUAUUGGGCAAUAAUAUCAGCCAGACCGAUAGUCCGUUGAUCCCUAUACCUUUUUAAAUGACUGUCAAGAUGACUAAGCUUACUGUGAGAUUACUCUUCAUGAAUGUGCUACUGCCUCUGAUCAAUACCACUUAUUCUGCAGGUGGAAACCAGCGUGAACUUGCUAGGGCAAAGAACAUGAAAAAAACUGCAGACAGCAAAAAGAAGCAAGAUGAUGGUUUGUCAGCUGCGGCACGAAAGGAGAGGUAUGACCUUUAAAAUCAGCAAUUCUUGUACCCACCCAUUAACGAAACAAUAUGCUAUUGCUAAAACUGGUAAAGCUGCAGGCGCAGCCCUCGUGUUCUGAGACACCCUGACUUAUUUUUUUUUUUUUUUUUUUUGUGGAUUGACCUAAAUGAACUUGAUAUUGCACAUUUACAAUUUUGGCAAGUAGAUGCCAUACUUUGAGGACCUAAUAUCACUAUAACCAGUACAAUAGCAUUUGGUAAUUAUGAUUAAAGGAACUCUAUAGUGCUUCGUUUAGUCUCGAUUGGCCCCCUUAAAUAGGAUAAAAGCGUGUUUUUAUUCCAGUGUCAAACUGGUCUGCUGGCAUGGGCCCCAUCCCCGAUCCGCCUCCUUGGCUGAGAUUAUCCGAAUCGAAGAUCUCAGCCAAUCCAAUGCCUUUUCAUAGAAUAGUUGUAAACAGUGGGUCAGUCAGAUCAAUACUGCACAAAAAUGAUCACCAUGACACACACACCUGUCUAUGGGGAAAUGGAGAGUAUGGCUUGGUGCUGUUAUAUCUUGUUAGUGUUUUAAAAUGGUGAGAAAUAGACUUUUCUUGGUGUGAGGUUAGAGAAGUUGACAAAUUUUAAGAAUGUUUAGAUUGUAAGCUAAUUUUGAGUAGUGCUAUCAUAACCAGUUGUUUAUGUAAGCUACACUUUUCUCUAACUUUAUUUUUGUUAAAUUAGGGAUGCUCAGAUAAUGCAAGAGAAGCAGAAAAAGGCGCAGAUGAAAAAAGAAGAGCCCAAAUAGCCUUUGUGGGAUAAUCUGACGAAUGGAUGGAGAUCUAAUGAAAACCCCAGCUCCCAGACACAAACAUUCAACUAAAUGCUUCUGUUUGUUCCAAUGCAGAGUCUUUGCAGUGCAUUGUUUUCAACCUUCCUUUCUUUUAAUUCAUAAACGAGUAGCAUAGUUCCUCUUUGCCUCAUGUACAUAUUAUAAAUACGCCACUUUAUCACAAUCCUGAACAGCGUUCAGUCCCCUGUUUGUUUCCCUUUUGUGUUUUUCUAGCUGAUUGCAGUCUCCUGCAUGCUGAUCUAGCAUUGGUUAAGUCAGCUCUAGGAUGUACGUGUUCAAAGAGAGUAUACGACAGCAAGGUCCUUCAUUGAAAUGGAAGUUACCUGUCGUUUUUGUAUUUUCGAUGGACCGAGUCAAAUCUUAAAUAAAGUGACUUUUUUUCCGUGAAUAGUGCGUUUUUAUAUGGUGACACCCACAAUUUGUGUGGUACAGUUGAUCUGGUAAAAAACAUUCUCAGAGUAUCAAUGACCAGGUGACAAUUAAAAUGAUCAAGUCAGAAGAAUAUUUUGAUGUAAUUUAGUGGUUCUCCCAGGCCAUGUUGUAAUUAAAAUAUGCAGUU